AUGGCUAAGUCUAAGAACCAUACCACCCACAACCAAUCAAGAAAAUGGCAUAGAAAUGGCAUCAAGAAACCUAGGUCACAGAGAUACAAGUCUCUGAAAGGGGUUGACCCCAAGUUUCUGAGAAACAUGCACUUUGCCAAGAAACACCACAAGAAGGGACUGAAGAAGAUGCAGGCCAACAAUGCCAAAGCCAUCAAAGCCCUGAGCACCGAAACCUCCAAGGCCAAGUUCCUCAGGCACGAGAUGCCCAAGAUCCCCAAGGCCGGUGCCCGGCGUGCUGGCCUCAAGAUGGCCACCAAGCGUCCAGGCCCUAGGGUCGGCAUCAAACGCCCAGGCCCCAAGAUCACAAAGCCUGCCUCUAAGGUUGCCAGGACCACUGACCCCAAGGCCACCAAGCCCACUGACCCCAAGGCUGCCAAGUCUGCCGACAAGGUCAAUAAGUCUGGCCCCAAGGCAACUAAGUCUGAUCCCAAGGCUGCUAAGCCUGCUGAGUCCAAACCCAAAGAUGCUGAGGCUAAAGCUGCAAGUCCCAAGCCUUCAAAAUAG